AUGACUAGGGCCACAGAGAAGCGCAUCUUCCUCACCCGCCACGCACAGGCAGAACACAACGUAGAGGAUGACUACUCCAUUCACGAUGCCCCGCUCACGGCCCUCGGCCGUGAACAAGCGCGAAAGUUGCACGAAGACGUCAAGGACACGAUCCAGCAGACGGCAGACCUGUUGGUGACGAGCGGACUGCGCCGUACGAUGUCCACUGCGAUCAUUGGCUACGCCACGCUCAGGACGCGGCUCGAGGCGGAAGGCAAGGCGGUCGUCGUGCUCCCACAGCUGCAGGAGUGCAAUGAGUUCCCCUGCGACAGAGGCUCGUCGAAAGAAGUGCUGGAGGCGGACGCGGAGUUUGCGGGACUGGACCUGGGCAACCUGACGCCGGACUGGAACUCGAAGAAGGGGUUCUACGCGAGCGACAGCAAGGCCCUCAAAGCACGCGCACAGUGGAAUCGCCAGUGGCUGCGUGCGCGCCCGGAGCGGGACAUCGUGGUCGUCGCGCACGGGGACUGCCUGCGGUACAUCACGGACGGGGAGAACUCGCUGAAGCCGUGGGCGAACUGCGAGGUGCGCGAGUACACGUUCGCGGUGGACGCGGAGGAGGACGAGGCGGGCGUGGCGUGGCUGGUGCUGGUGCAGAAGGUUGCGCAGGAGGGCGCCGACGAGCCCACCUCCUCUGCCCGUGCGUAG